AUGGCUUCAUCACAGAUCCAAGUUCGCCCACCGAUGGGUCUCCUGACGACGGUGGCCGAUUUGCCGCCAAGCUUCAAGGCGCAAUAUGUUCCCACCAUCACUGUGGCGGCCAUUGCCAAGCUCACAGGCGAGUCGCCGCUUGAUUUGACGGUGAAGCAAUGCUUCGGGGGUGCGAUUACCCCUCCUUUGACGCCUUCACCGCUGAAGAAACGCUAUCGCGAUGAGAACGACGAGAACCGCGAUGGAAAUCGGACCAAACAGAUUAAGAUUGAACAGACAGUGCCGGAAGAGAGGGAAGCCACACCAGUGAAACCGGUUAAAAUCGGCGCGGCUCCCAAGAGUUCAAAGAACCCUCCUCCGGUGGUUCCAAUUUCGAAGGAACGUCGAACGAAAGCGGCCAGGAAGUUAAAGUUCGACGAAGAAACAACAUCACCAGUGUCCGGUACGAUUAUCAUUUCACUAGAAGAAGCCAUUAACGGUGACAUGCCUCGCGAGUCCGGUGAUAUUGAUCCACAGUUCAAUUUGGUGGAAAUAUCCGACGAAGUGCGUGCCGAAUUGGCCACCAUUCCAAACGUGAUAGGUGCCUAUAAUUGCAAAUUGUGUCGGUUGGAAUUUGAGGAUGCCUUCGGCCUAGCCCAGCAUCGUUGUGCCUGUAUAGUACUACUGGAAUAUCGUUGCCCAGAGUGUAGCAAGCGAUUCAAUUGCCCGGCAAAUCUGGCGUCGCAUCGUCGUUGGCACAAGCCGCGAGAUCAAGUUGCUAAGAAAGGAGAUGGAGAUAAAGCUGACGAUUUGGAAUGCAAAUAUCGAUGUGAGCAAUGUAACAAGACCUUCAAGCGUCCCGCGUAUCUGAAAAAGCAUCAGCUGACACAUAAUAAGGCUAAAAAUAAAUCCAAACAUAAUCAAUCAAGUGCCGAAAUCGAAACAAACGCAACAAUCAUUACAACAUCCGCCAGCUACCGUAGCAGUUCCGGUGAAGAGUCUAACCAUUCCACCAACAGUAGCAACACGGUUUACGUGAAUCACAUGACCGAAGCACCACAAACAGUGUUCACCGUAGUGGCCAGUGAACCUCCGCUGAAACGAGAAUUAGUUCAUCAUAAUUACCACAUGGCUCAAUCACAAUCAUCGCACACCGAUCCUACCGACGACGAUGAGGAGGAGGACGAUGACUACGACGAGCGUGCCUUGGUGAUCAACGAGGACUACCAGGUCGAUCAGGAAAUGGAGGAACAGAUCCGGUCAGCGUAUUGCGAUCGCUUCACAGAGGAGGAGAACAUCGCCGCGGCAGCGCUGGCCCAUCUUCGCAACGGACCCUCGGUAAUCCGCCACACGACCGCACUGGUUGUCUAA